AUGGCCGACCCGGAGUCUGCAGCACAACCCCCCACCAAGUCCGUCAAUAAGCCAGCUACCACCACGAGUACCACUACGAAUGGCACGAAAGAAGCAGCUGCACCGACAUCUGCAUACGAGCUAGAUGUCUCAAAGCUGCACUCGCUCCCCUCGGAGCAGCAAGGUCUAUAUCUCCUCACCUUCACGGCCGACCUCGCGAAGCAUGUCGAGGACAUCACGAACGACGAAGUCAGCGCAGAGCAGGUCGCGUUGAAGAAAGAGCUGUUCCAAGUGAUCGACCUCGCGUCUCCAGCGCCGACGAGGGUAAUACGCAAGAAUGUUGGUAGAUGCUUCCACGGCAUCCUUACAAAAGGCAGCAGGAAGAUCCUCUACGAAUCGAUCAAUGAACUGGUCGCGAUUGUCAAUGCCGGCAAAGACAAGGACGCCCGCGCGAAGCAUGCCGCGGUAUACUGUUUGGGCGUCAUUUUUGACGCUGCGGGCGACAGUGCAAUCAGUUUGUCACCAUUGGCAUGUACUGCUGUGCUGAAGCUGCUGAAGCCUGCAGCGAGCGACACGGCACUUCGAAGUGCCAUAUUCCAGGCUUGCGGGAAGAUUGCGAAGGGCAUCGCUGUCGCGAUAGACGAAGAUCUGGGACGUGCUAUAUGGAAACAAGCUCGAAAUGCUGCAGGAACCGACAGAUCUCUCCUUGUACAGGCUAACGCAUGUUGGUGCUUGGAGCAGUUGAUACGAUAUACAUCAUAUUUCGACAAUUCCAGCGACUUUGACAAGCUACAGGCGGCGCUACUCAAGGCGAUGGAGAGCGCCUCUGUCAGGGUCCGACAUGCAGCAGCUUCUAGUCUUGCAACAGAGCUCGUGAAGAGCUAUACCGAGUCGCCGAAUAAGGAUGCGGUACCUAAGAUGAAAAAGCCAAAAAAGUCGAAGAAGACUGGCUUAUCGGAAGAAGGUGAUGAAGCAGAACGUGCUUCAUCCCCAGCGCCAGAGAAAUCUGCAACGGCACUGUCUUAUGGGCUGUUAGAGAUCUUUCGGCUAUUGUCAACGCACUUCUGCAAACCCGCUACACCGAACAGAGCUCGAGCUGGCAUCGCGGUCUGCUACAUUAAAGUGCUAAGAGCACUUGGCGAAGGUGUUGUCGAACAAAAGUAUGGCGAGAUCGUGAACCAUCUGUUCAAGGACCUGCUAGACUACCCUGGCUGGCAAUACAACCAGUAUCGGCAAUUGAUGUGCCGCAAGUUUGUACGCAUCAUCCUCGACCAAGUCAUAGGUGGAAUGAUAGGCGAAACAGCGCAAAUGAAUGCCUGCAGAUUUCUGCUCAACGAUAUCAUCAAAGAUUAUCCACAGACCGUCAAAGAACGACCAGAGCCAUCGAAAGCAGUCCUGACUGGUGCGAUCAGUGCAUUGACUUCGCUCACUCAACGACUGGACACUGCGAUUGGCACUAUUGCGGAAGGCUGCCGCGAAGGAUUACUGCAGGUACUUCAACACCCAAGCUUUACAGUCCAGGUGCAUGCUGCACGAGCACUGCGCACGUUCACCCUCGCGUGUCCACAACAGCUACUGCCCACGGUCACGAUAUGCAUGAACAGUGUCAGUCGCGAAUUGAAUCUCUUGGGAGGUCCGCGCCAGAGCCAGCGUCGCUGCAUAGGUUACGCGCACGGUCUGGCAGCCAUCUUAAGCACAUCGAGCCAGCAUCCAUUAUACGGGUCGGUUGACGUAUAUGCCAGGGUGCUCCAACAGGCUACGAACUUACUGAAGUCGAGCGGCAGCUCUGACCUCAGAGUGUCAAGUUGCCAGUUGCAGGUAGCCUGGAUCAUGAUUGGAGGUCUCAUGUCCCUUGGACCUAACUUCGUGAAGAUUCACGUAGCGCAACUUAUGCUCUUGUGGCGAAAUGCACUGCCUAAGCCCGUCUCUAGCGACCACAUCAGCAAGCGGAACAUGCUAGAGUUGAGCUACUUGGCUCAUGUACGAGAGUGCGCUCUGGGGUCAAUAAAAGCAUUCUUGACGUACAAUCAACGGCUACUCACAUCUGAUAUCUCUCGGCGAUUAUCGGUGAUGCUUGAGAACACUGUCACGUUCUUGCAAGGGUUGCCUUCGAAAAGAACUAGCGAUGACCCAUCGAAUCGUCUUUCUGCCGCGCUGCAGUUGCAAGAUUACGAGGUCAUGGUUCGACGCAGGGUCUUUCAGUGCUUCUCGCAGCUCCUCAGCCUGAGUCCAGCUGGAAGCCUUGAAGCAACAGCGCACUCGACCAUCUUGCCCAUUGCCGUCGCCUCCUUUUCAGACUCCGAGUACGACGCACCAAAUUCAUUGAGCGCCGCCAUCGCAUCUUCUGCAAGCACUUUCGAAAGCAUCUGGGAUCUGAGCGACAAUUAUGGCUUCGGUGUAUCGGGGUGUUUACGAGGUCUCGACAUCCGCAAUCCGAUCACUGGUGGACAUGAAAGGCACUGGACAAGCAGAUCCGAUCAAGAAGCAGAGAUCGAUCAAGCCAUACUGUCGCCAGUCGGCGUAGCCGCUGAGAAUGACCCUACCUCCUGCUACUUGUCAUCUGCGCAAACCGAGCAAGAACUGCCUGGACCUCCGGCCACCGAAGUCGUGAAUGCAGCCAUCGCGGCAUUUGGUCUCUCAUUGCCUCUACAGAGCCCCAAAGUACAAGACAGCACUAUACAGCAGAUCAGCUCUUCUAUAAACGCACCGAUGCUGCAGAAGGACCCUGCCCGGAAAGUAGCGAUCGUCGCGAAUGUUGCGCUUGCACUUUCGAUGGCGUUGCGGGUGACAACAGGAGACCUUGGGUCAGCUCGUGGCGAGCUAAAGAGCAUGCAGGCCGAGAAGGGUCUGCAGGCGCUACUUCACCUUUGCAUCAAGGACCCAGACGACAGCAUUAGAUGCAUGGCUGCUGCCGCGCUUGGCCGGCUGUGCUCGAGCUCUGGCACCGCUUUUACGAGUUCAGAGGUUACCUAUCUCACAGAAACUAUUGUUAACAACCGUGAGCCUUAUGUACGUGCUGGCUGCGCAUCUGCGCUUGCUCACAUUCAUUCACAACUUGGUGGCAUGGCAGCUGGACUGCACAUGAAGAACAUUGUUGGCAUCUUGAUGUCGCUGGCUGCAGAUACUCAUCCACUGGUUCACUUUUGGGCACUGGGCAGUCUCGCGACGAUUGCGGAGUCAGCCGGACUGAACUUCUCGGGCUAUGUUACGACUACGAUAGGUCUACUUAGCCAGCUGUACGUGUCAGACAGUCACAACAUUGAGACCGUGGCGCAGGCUUCGUCAAACAUGUCCAUGGAUCUGCCGGUGGCUGCCACACUGGCUCGUGGUGUCGAUGCGCUCAUCAAUGUCCUUGGGCCGGACCUACAGGAUAUGGCGAAGGCCCGAGAUAUGAUACUAACGAUGGUGCGUCUCUUCUCUCGAGAAGAGGAGACUGCUGCUCUGCUGGAGAGUCUGCGAUGUCUAGAGCAUCUGUCACUAUAUGCACCGGGCCAUAUGGAGUUUGUUCAGUACGUUCGCCGCUUGCAGGAUGACAUCGACUCGCCUUCGGAGGAUGUCUCGAAGCUUGCUUUACACGGUCUGUUCACACUGAUGCGACGCGACGCCCCUGAGAUUGUGCGAGUUGCGCGACCUGGUCUCGAGGAACGGCUCUGGGAGUACCUCAAUUUCGAGCCUUCGCAGCAGGCUGUCCGCAACAUCUUCUUGAACUGGCUACAACAGACCGGGUCCAGCGACCCUGCAGACUGGAUCCGUAGAUGUAACGACAUACUGACCAAGACCAUGGUGAAGGCAGACAAGUCGAAGACGGCGGUGGCCAAAAGUGCGACCGCUACUGCGGGCGUUGACCUUCAAGACGAAGAAGUUGCUGGCUUUGCAGUUACUGCUGGCGCAUCCAAAGAAGACGAAGCUGAAGCAGCAUCCUCAACACAAGAGCUCAUGCGCUGGCAGGUACGUCUGUUCGCAAUGCAAUGCCUACACAAUCUCAUUGCAAUGAUUCAAAAAGAGGCUACUGUCAGUGACGACACUCCUGGCGAGGCGGCGCUGCAGCAGAAAGUCGCAGAUGUUAUCCGAAUCGCGUUCUCGGCGUCUACUGCCGGCGUGGCCGCUCUGCGCGUGGUAGGUAUGCAAAUCAUUGACCAGAUUCUGAAGAUGUUUGGCAGGACACCAGAUCCUGACUUCCAGGAAGCGAUGCUGCUUGAACAGUACCAGGCUCAGAUCAGCUCCGCGUUGACGCCCGCGUUCGCUGCUGACUCGUCACCUGAGCUGGCUGGGGCUGCGGUCAACGUCUGCGCCACUUUCAUUGCUACUGGUAUCGUGACCGACAUCGAACGUAUGGGUCGCAUCCUCAAAACACUCGUCUCCGCCCUAGACAGCUUCUCCCAGGAUACAGACACUGCCAGCAUCGGAGAUCUCAAGGGACUCAGCUCGAGUGCACAGGUUAUGGUUCGCAUGGCUGUCUUCGCUGCUUGGGCAGAACUACAAAUUGCAAGCGCAGAGCAAAAGUAUCUUGCCGAAGUAGUGAAGCCUCACAUCGCACAAUUAGUCCCUCUGUGGAUCUUGUCAUUGCGAGAGUAUGCUCGGUUGCGCUUUGAGCCAGAAAUUUCGGCAACCACCACAACACCUGCUACGUCUGGAGACCUCGACACAGUCUACGCAGCGCUGAACCGUGAGACCUUGCUAAAGUUCUACCAUGCUUCGUGGCUGAGCUUGGUUGACGCCAUCGCAAGUCUUAUUGAUGAGGAUAGCGAUUUCGUCUUUGAUGCGCUUGACAACAAGCAGCUAGAGCAACAUAAGGAUGAUAACGAAGAAGACGGCAUCGACGGAACCAUCGCCCGCAAGAACACCGGCAUCAACUAUCGAGAAGAGCCAGUGGCGUUCUUCUUCGUGCUUUACGGUCUGGCAUUCGAAUCGCUUGCCGUCCGAAGUGGCGACGACGAUGUAAUGGCUCGACGACGCAACUUGGACAUCUUGGAGGCUCUGAAGAAGAUCAUACGCCCGUCGGUGUCUGGCAAUGCGAUCUACCAGGAAGUUGUCUUCGCAGAGACAAUGGACCUGCUCGAUCGCAUGGUGCUCACGGAAAGUUUGAGCAUGCAGUCCAUCAUUGUCGAGAUCGCGCGGAAUCUCUGCCUUGUCCACCCAUCGUCCAGGCAAGGUCUGCAGACGCCUAUCAACGGCGAAGCACAGUUGUCAGACGAUAUCGAGCAGUUAUUUGAGCUCACUCGCAUCAUCGUCCUAGUCAUUGGCGGACUCGUCCCGGGUCUGGCUGAAACGCCAGUAUCUGCGCAGCUGGAGUCUUCAGAAGAGGCUACUAGCCUGGUGCGUGCAUCGUUGCAGGCACUUGUGGAUGUCUCGGAAGUGUUUCCUUCCAUCAUAAAGACGGACUUGCACGCAUCGAUCCUCCACAUUUUCGUGACCAUUCUCGGCACCGCAAGCUGUCAGACUGCUGUUGUCCCUCAAGCGCUGCCAAUCUUUCGUCGCUUCAUUGCGAGCAUUGUAGAAGACGAAAGACCUCAGACGAAGCAACAAGUCCAAAAUGCUUUCAAACGCAUGCUUGCAAUCCUGCGAAAUGCUCAGAAGCGGGAGGCGGAAGCAAGCCUGCCUUGUGAGAAGAACACUCUGCUCACCAUCACCAUCCUACUUUCGGCCGCUCAGCCGCUUUUCGAGAGCGAUGAUCCCCUGAUGCUGCGCUUCAUUGGCGAGCUGCGUGAGUGUCUCUCAUCGCCAAUGACGACCAAGGUCACCGCUGGUUGCUAUCGCACACUCUUGCUACAGAGUGUCGCCACUCGAUUGACAUUCUCACAUGCUGUCAACUUUCUGCUGAAUGCUCCCGAUUUGGAAGGCAUGGCUGAGACAAAGUCUGUCAUGGCUCAGACACUCACAACAUAUACUGCAACAAAGAUCGCCCCUGACCAAAGACCAGCUGCAAUUGUACUGGUGAUCAAGACUCUGCUCAGCAGGGCAGCACAGGAUGGCCAGUCGGUGUAUCCUAGGAUCGCAGCGCGGCUAUUGGAGCUCGCUGCCGCGGACAACACGACUUUCAGAACCCUGGUCGGCAGCCUAGCGGGUGGUGAGAAACAGCUGAUGGAGAAGAUCUUAAAGUCGCAGACUGGCAAUCGUGGUUCGAGACAAGACUUCAGCUCAGACCGAGAGCCCACGAUCGCACUCAAGAUGAACUUUGGUGGGUGA